UCGAAUAAAUAUGGCGCCCGAUCAGAAAAAUUCGUGAAUUUGGGUCGAAAUAAACCUAAAAUUACAACUUGAAACUUAAGUUGUAGUCGAAUUUGUGACUCAAAUAUCAUGAGUUCGAUCCAUUUCGUCGUCCACCCUCUCCCUGGCACCGAUGAACAACUGAAUGACCGAUUAAGGGAAGUAGCAGAGAGGAUUAGUAAACAUGGCUAUACGCCACCACCAGCCCUCAAUGCCUUGAGACGUCUCGUAGUCGUGCAGUGUGUGGUUGGACCUCAUCAUGUGGCAUUCUUGCUCGAGGAUGGAAGAAUCUGCCGCUUGUCUUACAACAUUCAGAGUGAGAAACUCGACUUGAGCAAGACCGAGACGAAAAGCCAGCCUCCAAGUAAAACACAGAAAGUGAAGGUUGUCAGCAACCCGUCUGGCCGGUCAAACAUCGACCUGGAGGGCCCCCUGGUGCUUGUUCCUGACACUCAUGGCAGUAUUGCUGUGCAGGCAAGCGGGUGGAACUCCAACACUGUGACCAGUGUGAGUAGUGCAGUGCGCACGGCUAACAACAACCAGCCAGCGACCUCCAGUAGUAACUCGCGCCCGCUACGUCGUCCAACGGGACGUGUUGUGCGGGCUGUUGGUAGAGGGCGUGGCAGUGGCGUGAUUGUUGGAUCAAGACCGCUGAUUCAUGCAUCGGCAGUCCCAGAGGAGCUAAUUAGUCAGUGUCAAAUGGUGCUUCAGGGCAAGUCACGCAGCCUCAUCAUCCGAGAGUUACAGAGAACUAAUCUUGAUGUAAACCUGGCUGUGAAUAAUCUCUUGAGUCGCGAUGAUGAGGGGGAUGAUGACGGAGAAGACAGCCAGGAUUCAUACGUCGGUGGAGAUGAUUUGAUCUCGCUCCUCGACUCAGGCAUGCACUCUGACCAUCCCAGCGUCAUCAUCGAUGCAGACUCCAUGUUCAAUGAAGACAUGUUCGGCUACUCUACACUCAGACGUUCAGCGUCUGGUGCACGCUCACGGUCAGGAGAACGUGGCGAGAGUCCUGCUGAACGGGGCGACCGUGAAUCAAUGUUCAGAUUACGAGAACGACGCUGGUUGGAGAGUGCAUUGAGGGAUGAAGCCAUUGCUACCGUCCGCGGCUUAGACCGCGAGAGACCAGAUAUCGUGAACACGCCUGAAUUAAAGAAGUCAUUCUCGCCUGCACAGAGUCCAGUCAUCUUCGGUGAAGACCUACAGUUCUGGCCUGAUCGUGACGGCACAGCCAAAUUCUCUCACAUCUCUGCGAUGCAUUCCGAGUUGGUUGCCAUAUCGACAGGUGGCAAGCUUCAUCAGUGGAAGUGGAUGGAUCAUGAUCCUUUCAGGUUCAGUGCGAAUGAUUCUCCCCUUCACCACCCCAAGGCUGCUGCCCUUGGCCUCCAGACGGAGAGAAUCCUUGGUAUCUCAACAAGCAGUGUGCGUGCGUCUGUCUACACGGAAUCUGGCAAAGUGGCAACCUGGAUGGACGACUCGUUGAGUUCCGUGGCAGCAAAACUCGAACAUGGAGCGCAGACAUUUCCUGAGUUCCAAGCGGAUAAGAUCUUAUCACUGCACACCUGUUCCUUGUAUACCUGUGCCAGGUUGGAAAGUGGCUCCCUCUACUGGUGGGGUGUGAUGCCGUUUGGUCAAAGGAAGAGACUGCUGGAGAAGGCUCGCAGCAAGCUAAAGAAGGCCAAGACAAACCCUCAGGGUGCAUCAAGCGAGAUCAUCAUGGGGGCACUGGUCUGUCUCCGCAGCUGCCCGAUGUACCAUGCAGGAGCUCUAGCUUUCACGACCGUCGAUGGCAUCCCUAAGGUUGGAAUGCUCAUGGAUAGUGCGUGGUCUCUGAAUGAUACAUGUCGCUUCAAGAUCAAGACGUUCCCGCUCGAACCAAAGCCGGAGCCGCCCAAGGAACCGCCGAGGUGUGAGAGCAAACCGGACAUGCCCCCGCCACCUUCUCCUGCAUCAUCAACGUGCAGCGACCAGAGUGGACCGGCACUGAUCAGCCCUGGAUCUCUCAAGCGUAAACGUCAGCCGACGCCGGUCAAAGAAGUGGAGAAACGAGAUGAGGAAGACUGGGCUCUGAAGGAUGUGGUCUUCAUUGAGGAUGUCAAGACAGUCCCGGUCGGGAAAGUGCUCAAGGUUGAUGGUGCUUAUGCUGCUGUACGCUUCUCCCGUCACGAGGGUGACCUGACGAUGAUGUCACGUGAGGACAUCUCGGCCCUGCUACAGGAGUGCCGUCUAUUGAGGAAGGAUGACCUGCAGGUGAUCAAGGGUGGCAGUGCACCGAGGGUACCUGAUUGUUUCCAGAAGUAUCCCAAGAAGAUAGUCAUAAUGGACAAGAUUGUGGCGGUGGCUGUUGAUAAUAGAGGUAUCCAUGUGGUGAGCAAGGCCAACAACAAGCUCUCCUACUUGAUCUACAACUUGAGCACUGGCAAACUUGACCAGGAUAGCUCGUUCCCAACCAACAGUAUGUCGUUCCUUGGCAUGAACGAGCAGUCUGUGUCGCUCCACAAUGCCGGGGAGCAAAAUCCUGUCCUUCUCCGGGACGGGAACGGAGCUGUGUACCCACUUGGUAAGGACUGUGCAGACGACAUCCAUGAUCCGUUAUGGCUCGACCUGCCACCAGUCAAGUGCCUUGGCAUCGGCCUCCAUGCUCUUCACACCAUACACAUCGGAUCAAAGAACAAAGUGGCUGUCAUCGCGUUGACACUGCAGCGCCAGCUGCUCAUCACCAACAUUCUCCGCACGGAUCUUGAGAAGGUGAAUACGAUCCUUAACGGUAUCGAGCAGGAAGUGGACGGGAUGGCCAAGGAGCAGAAGAUCACUGAUCUCAUCUCUGAGCAUUGUGACGGAGCAAGGAACAUCCUCCAUUGUUGUGUUACCAUGUGCGUGCCGGCAACAAACAAGGAGAGUGAAACAGAGACACCAACUCUCCCAUCAACCACCAGUACAAGUAACUUCACCACAUCCUGUCCACUGAUCAUCGAUGCUGUGAACAGUGCUGUGGAAGCUCUCGGAAACAUCCAGGCGUCGGGACCUAGGAACUCGCUGGACAGGACUGGAGGCAGGACUGCAUCCCUGCGUGAAAUGAUGAGACGAGCGGCAACAUCUGCCGCGCGCGCCAUGACAGGUCUGGAAUCACGUGACAGUGACCGUGAAGAGUCUGGUGGCAUCGCCAUACCAACACUCUCCUGGCCUCCAGAGACGCCAGCUUCAUUUGAAUUACCACAAGCAGAGAACCAAGGCCCCAGUGCAUCAUCAUCAACCUCCCAACACCCAAGCACGUCAGCACCACCUCCAGUCACAGAUCUAUUCAGUCUGCCCCCGGUCAAACUGGAGGAGAAGGAGAGGCGUAACAACGCUCAUCAGAUCCUAAAGACGCUCUGUGAGGUCGCAUGUCUGCAGAGCAGUCUUCAUGCGUUGCUGACUGAAAAGAAUGCAGAGGGCCUCACACCAUUCAUGCAGGCCAUCUGUGGCCGUGCUUACAAUGCCGCCUGGACGAUCUACAACACUGCCAAGAAACUCUCAACCAAUCAAAAACUCCAAGUCGAUUCGGAGAAAUUCAUGAGCAUGUUAUACCCGAAGGGGUCGAGUCUGGAUAACUCACCGCUUCACCUGAUCUGCUGUAACGACACGUGUAGUUUCACGUGGACCGGAGCGGAGCAUAUCAAUCAGGACAUCUUUGAGUGUCGCACAUGUGGGCUGCUUGGCUCACUGUGUUGCUGCACGGAGUGUGCGCGCGUCUGCCACAAGGGACACGACUGCAAGUUAAAAAGUACAACACCGACGGCUUACUGUGACUGCUGGGAGAAAUGUAAAUGUAAAUCACUGAUUGCGGGUAACCAGACCGUACGCUAUGACCUCCUCAACCGUCUCUUGAUGGAAACAGAACUAGUCAAACUCCCCAACAGCCGCAGUGAGAACAUCCUCUUGUUCCUGGUGCAGACCGUUGGACGUCAGCUCGUUGAGCAGCGGCAGUACCGGCCGUCGAGAACGAGGUCAGCCAGGAAGACGCCGGUCACUGAUAUUGAUGCUGAGAUGCCAGAACACGACCUUGAACCUCCACGGUUCAGUCGCAGAGCGUUGGAGCGUAUCCUCAACGACUGGCUGGCCGUCAAAUCUAUGAUCCUUAGCGGCUCGGAGCCGAAGAAGGAAAAGACGCGAGUUGCCAAUGUCGUGUUUGAAGAUCAGGCGUACAUGAAGAGUCAGAGUGGCACAUCACAUCUGGAUAAGUUCACUCAUUGUCUGCUGGUCAAGUGUAGUGUAGAGAUGUUGGACACUCUCCUGACCACGUUGAUUCGAGAGAUGCAGAAUGACGCCACUGAGAAACGUAAAGAAGAAGCCAAGAGUAUCGCCAGGAGGUUUGUCAGGUCGGUCGCCAGAAUCUUCGUCGUACUCAACCUCGAGAUGACGCCAGGCUCGAGCAAGAAGAAAAGAUCGGUCCUUGGUAUUUAUCCUCUGAUGAAGUGUAAACGUGUAUUCCAAUCUCUUGUCAACAUCGCUAUUGAAGAGUUGUGCGAGACGGCUGAUUCCCUCAUUGCACCGGUCAGAAUGGGCGUCGCCAGACCGACUGCUCCGUUCUCAUUGGUCAGUUCAAAUCUGGAUGCUAUACAGGGAAGUGAAGAAAUCUUCAGUGUUGAUCCGUUACCCCGGCGGACAGCAGGUGGUGCCUCCCCUCUCAUCCGACCAGCCUCGUACAUAUCACGAGCAGUAACACCCCCUCGUGUGGCAGCAGCAGAACCAAGUCAUGAACGUGAAGAUGAUGAUAUGGUGUCUGCAGACGUAGAGGAAGUCGAGGUGGUGGAGGGCAUUGUGGGAGAUGACGACCAUUCUGACCAUAACUCAGAUCACGAUGAUCAUCAAUCAGAGCAUUCAGAUCAUGAUCAGAAUCCUAACGACCAUGAGGAUGCUGUAGCUGAGAGCGACAUGGACCUCGACUUGCUGGCCGAAUCUGAGAGCGAUAGUGACAGUAGCCAUAGCAACCCUGACAAUGCCAGCAUCCAGCGGAGCGCGGUGACAGCUGCUACAGCCGGGUCUGAUGCCGGUCUUGGAAGCCUCGCAUAUUUCUCCGAGGAAGAAUCAGCAGAUUCAUCCAAUCAGGAAGAGGAGGAGAGUGAUGGUGCUGAGAGUGAUGAUCACGACGCUGAUAUUGUCGCUCUCGUUGAUGAGCAGUUGGAGCGACGGAACACGGCAGGGGUUCACGGGCAGCGCACCCUUCAGGCCCCUCACACCAUGCAGUGGGCGGUCAGACAGAGGGAUACCACCUCCAGUUCCAGGCCUGCCACAACAGCCUCCGGCACCACUACGGGUAGAUUAUUUUCCUUUAACAGAGGCAACAGUGGUUUGAUCUACAUUGAUCCAUCAACGCUACGCAGGACGACUGUGACCACCACUAACACAGCCAAUCAGGAGAGUGCUGUCACCAUGGCAACCACAGCGAGUCAGCUGGCGCGAGGCUUCGGUAUCCUGAUGCGACAGAUAGCUGACUUGUUGACGAUGCUUCAAGACUAUCAUGAACUCGCUCCAAAUCUUCCACGAGUUUUGGAGAUCUCUUUUGAAGAGUCAACAAAGUUACAGGUGUAUCUUGAAUGCCAUAUGAAGCCAACUUGGGACUGGUUGAUCACGAUCAUGGACUCGACCGAGGCUCAGCUCAGGUUUGGCUCCAUUCUGAGUGAGACGACUGACCCAGCUCACCCCUCACACCCCCAACACUCCUCAUACCUACGCAGCCUUCGUGAACGAGCUAACCGUGAAGAGCCACGCAUACUACAAGUAUUAGAGACGCGACGUCGUGCUCGCUUCGGGACAACAAGUAAACUAGCUACAGACGGUAACUCUGCUCGCCGGGACUUCCUAUUGUAUGCAUUGUCAUUGAUGCGAGCACAUUCAGACGAACAUUCAGAUAGUUUACCUGUGAUUGAUAUAUCAGCAUUGAAACACGUCGCGUAUGUUUUCGAUGCUUUAAUUUAUUACAUGAGAAGUGGGACUGAUACAGACACGGAUAUCAUCCGUGACGGAAUGUCGGUGCAUUCGUGGCAGGAUCACGAGGAGAAUGAAAAUGAGGCUGAGGAGGAUGAUUUGAAUACGUGUAUGGCGAUGGAGACGGAGAGCAAUGAGGGAGAGUCGGACGUCACCAAUAAAACUGGUCGGAAACAUUCAUUCUUCCAGAGGUCAGAUUCAACGUUGUUUUUAGGCUGCCCGCCACCUGAUCCGUUUGAGACACCGCUGACUGAAGCGUUGCCAUUGGCUGAUCAGCCUCAUCUAUUGCAGCCUAAUUCACGCCGAGAGGAUAUGUUUGGAGUUCCACGGCUAACAGUGAAAGAUAACGCACCGACGUCUGCUCCAGUCAACCAGCCUGUACCGUUUGAUAAACUACCAACACAUAUGGGUUUGUCUGUGCGGACAGCUGAUACCGCCGUGGAAACCCACACUGAUGAAACCAUGGAAACCAGCACAACAGAACAACCAGACUCGCCACAGAAUACUGAAGUGCCACCUCCUACCACUAGGGGGCAGAACCAGGUAGACAGUUCAAGUCAGAUUCCUUCACCCCCAGAGACACCUGCUGGAGGAACACAAACCGAGGAAUCGAGUAGUACCUCGCAACCAACUCCAAGCUCCACUGAUACGCCCUCUUUUAGUUCACAUACAACUACUACAAGUAGUAUGGAAACUACUGGUAGUAUAGGAACUACUGGUAGUAUAGGAACUACUGGUAGUAUGGGAACUACUGGUAGUAUUGGUACUACUGGUAGUAUGGGAACUACCAACAGUGUGGACACUACUAACAGUAUGGGGACUACCAGUACCAGCAGUAUGGACACUACUAGUGGUAUGGGAACUACUGGUAGUGUGGACACUAGAUCUAGCCCUAGGGCAACGAGCAGUAUGGACACCUCCUCCAGUCCUCGGGCUGUGCCAACAACCUCGACAUCUGUCAGUGCUAACCAGUCAUAUUCCUCAGUCAUUGGAAGCAUUUCUGAAAGUAGUGCGGAAACUAGUGUGAUUGUACGGAAUAGUUCGUCUUCUCUGCCGACAGAUGAUGUAUCAAGUCCAUCAGCAGAAGAAAGACGACAGCCAUCAUUACUGAGUGUGAUCGUUCGUGCUGGCAAUCAGUUUUCUCCGAGUACCCAGGAUACACCAUCUGGUACCCAGAAUGCAACAGAACCAGAAGCCCCGGCACCGAGCACCAGUGCUCCAUCAGCAGACGCACCUGGUUCUGAUGAACCUGUUGAUGUUGCCACUGCUGUGGAUAUGGUUGGUGCCAAUGAGAACGUGCUGAGUACGGUUGUCAUAGAGACGUCACAGGGGCCGACAUCAGGCCCACUACUCAAACCCCAGCAUUCGAUCGGAGCUCUCGUCUCCCAUGACAUAUUGCUUGGUAGGUGGCGCCUCAGUCUGGACCUGUUUGGUCGUGUCUUCUGUGAUGAUGUUGGUGCUGAGCCAGGCUCCGUCAUCAGCGAGCUCGGUGGAUUCCCCGUCAAGGAGAGCAAGUUUCGCCGCGAGAUGGAGAAGUUACGCAACUCACAACAACGUGAUCUUACUCUGGAGGUGGAGCGUGACCGUAGCCAGCUCCUUAUCCAGUCAUUCAAACAGCUCAACAGUCAGUACAACCGUCGCACUAACAUCACAGGACCACCGCUUGCUGUUCACCGCAUCAAGGUGACAUUCAAAGAUGAGCCUGGCGAGGGCAGCGGCGUGGCACGGAGCUUCUACACGGCCAUGGCGCAAGCUGUCCUCUCAUCAGAGAAACUACCAAAUCUCGAUAGUGUGAUGAUCGGCAGUAAAAGUCUGCAGUACAACUUGAUUCAGAGAUUACGCUCGCGUGAAAGAGAACGUGAACGUCAGCGCUCACUACAACGAGCCCGGAGCCGUGAACGAGAGAAUAGACGCUCUCUGUCAUAUGACGCGCCACCCUUCUAUAUGCCAACGACCGAGGGGACGGGGACUGAACCAACAGAGAGUCCAUCAACGGAUCAUCUGUCCACACACAGACAACAGCUUGGAAAGAGGUUAUUACCCAAGGUGCAGGUGCUGCAGCCGUCACUUGGGGCUAAGAUCACAGGCAUGCUGCUGGAGCUGCCCGCGGCCCAGCUCCUCCUAUUGUUAGCAUCUGAAGAAUCGUUACGGCAGCGGGUGGACGAGGCUGUUGAGAUCAUCAUGUCACAGGGAAGAGACCUCAGUGCUGAAGCCCUUAUUGACCUCGACAUCUUCAACCUCUCACCACCAAAAUCAAAACGGCCAGGAUCCGGGGGUCAGCGAGAGCUUGAUGAGGAAGAUGAUCUCGAAGACUGUGCUGCCCUCUUCUGGCAGCCAGGGAAACGAGGAUACUACUCGCCACGUCCUGGCAAGUGUUCACCGGAGAGAUUAAAUGCAUUUAGAAAUGUUGGCAGAGUGAUCGGUCUUUGUCUCUUACAAAACGAGAUGUGCCCCAUGUUCCUGAAUCGUCACGUCAUCAAAUACAUCCUUGGCCGCAAGGUUGGCUGGCAUGACUUGGCCUUCUUUGACCCUGUCUUGUACGAGUCGCUGCGACAACUGAUCCUUGAUGCGGACAACAAGGAUGCGUCUCUCAUGUUCACCGCGCUUGAUUUGACGUUUAGUAUCGAGUUGUGUCCAGAAGAGGGCGGUGAUCAGGUGGAGUUGGUUCCAGGGGGUGCUGAUGUCGAGGUGACCACACAGAAUGUUCAUGAUUACGUGCGGCGGUAUGCGAUGCACAGGAUGGUGCGUGUUGCAGAGAAACCACUUGAGAAUUUACGCCUGGGUUUAUUUGAUGUGCUGCCUCGUAACGCCCUUGACGGACUGACAGGAGAAGAUUUCCGCCUCCUGUUGAAUGGCGUGGGUGACAUCAAUGUGCAGACGUUGAUUGGUUACACGUCGUUCAAUGAUGAAAGUGGUGAAGGAGGAGAGAAGUUACUCCGCUUCAAACGCUGGUUCUGGGCGAUUGUGGAGAAGAUGAGUAACCAUGAAAGACAAGACUUAGUUUAUUUCUGGACGUCAAGCCCGGCUCUCCCAGCGAGUGAAGAAGGCUUCCAGCCGAUGCCUACGAUCACAGUACGCCCUGCUGAUGACAAUCAUCUCCCGACUGCCAACACUUGCAUUUCACGUCUCUACAUUCCGCUCUAUUCCUCCAAGGCAAUCCUCCGUCAAAAACUACUCCUCGCCAUUAAAACAAAGGCCUUUGGUUUUGUGUGAGGACAAGUUACGAAGGUCGGGACAACAUGUAGGCGUGAAAACGAAGGCCUUUGGUUGGCUUUGUGAGGACUGUUUUCCUGUCUCUUGAAGAAUAUGUAGGCCUUUGGUUGGCUUUGUGUCAUGAAAAGUAAAGCUCAUGAACUGUCUGCAUUGCUACGCUGGAUUGUAAGGCUUAUGGUACGUUUCAAAAUGCCACGGCCGUUUCCUUAGAAAACAGGGAACUUUUGCCAUCAUUGAUCUGAAUGAGCCGAGUAUGGUGUGAGCUCGUGAAGAGGGGUCGAAUGCUCGGUGAAUGCUCAACCUCGAUAAAUGAUGAGUUCCUGCUAAUCGUGUUGUGGUCUGCUGUAAGUUAUAGAAUCCAAUUCAUCUGUUUUAUGUCUGUCGCACCUCGGCUGGUUGUGUUGUUUUAAUAUGAAAGCUGUAGACGCCAGGUGAAGAAGACUUGGAGAGGAGGCAGAACUCCAUGUCCCGCUCGAGUGUCACUCUACUCGCUGCUGUCACCACAUUGGUCAUAUUACUGCAGGGCUGCAUCAGUGUGGUGAUAUCAUGAGAUGAGGUUGCUGUGACGUGGCAUUACUAAGAGCUGCAAAGUGACUUGAGUCAUUAACGUAACAACAUGUUGCCGCUCUGCAACCUAUCCAGUGAUGACUACAACCUCAUGGUCUGUUAUCUUAUCUAUUAUAAGAUGGUUGAGAUUUACGGCAAAGCUGUAUUUGGAAUGAUCAGAAACUGGAGUAAACUUCACCUGUACCGAUACUUCUGUCAGGAUUCAGGUCUUUCAAGCGACAAAAUGUAACUGAUUCUUAGUGAGUGACCGGUGUUUUGGUCUGUGCAGAGAUAUCCUGAAAUACUAAUGUCACUGCAAGAAAUCAAACCAAACAUAAUCGGUCUGUGGAACGUCCUGUUUUACUUCAUUCUGGCUCCUAUUGAGUUUGUGCUCCUUGCAAAACCAUGAAGCUUGCCUUACCCGAACUUCGAAAUAGACUAGCCCGUUUUACUGUAACUUAUGUUAUGAUGGAAUAACCCAUUUACUAUGUGGAGGGGUUAUAGGUGGACUUUUAUUUGCUCAUGAAGAGACGACUAAUCAUGAUCUGGAUUCAGAAUAAAAUGUCUUGUUUUUAU